GUGGCGAGCUUUCAUGUGGUGGGUCUGCUCUAUCAUCUCCACGAGAAAAAUCCUCAUCUCCCGCCUUUGAAACUCAUCUUCUACACUCACUCACUCACUCUUAGAGAGAGAGAGAGAGAGAGAGAGGAGGGAGAAUUUGGAUGUGAUUCUUUCUUUUGUUGGAAAAUGGAUACACCGCAGAAGACCGCUGCCCAGAUCGGAACUCCAAUUUCAAAAUCCAAAUUCGAGGAUUCGCCUGUGUUCAACUAUAUCAACAGUCUUUCUCCGAUCAAAUCUGUGAAAUCCAUCCCCAUUGCUCAGACGUUUGGCUCACUCAGUUUCUCAUCUCCUCCCUCAGUUUUCACGUCCCCCCACGUCAAUUCUCACAACGAAUCCAGGUUCUUCAGGAGUCAUCCUCCUCCGAAGCCCGAGGCAAAAUCCAGAGAUGGGUCUUCGGCCAUUGAAGAAGUCGUCACUGCUCCUGAAAACUUUAGUGCGGAAGCUUCCAUGGAAGAAGAAGAAGCUGCUUCCAUUGAACCAUCUAAUGGCAACUUUGAAACGGAGCCCAUAGGAGACAGAGAUUCGUCCGAGGUUGUUGCUAUGGACCUGCAGAAGAUGUGUAAUGUCAAGAGCAGUAAAAACGACACUCCAGAUUGGGAAAGUCUGAUCUCAGAUUCAACCGAUCUGUUGAUAUUCAGUUCUCCUAAUGAUUCGGAAGCCUUUCGAGAUUUGAUACAACCCCAUGCAAAUAAUUUCACCAGUGAUGAUCCAAGCAAUGGAGAAGACAAUGAAUCCGCCGAGGCUGUUUCUAACUUUCACCGUGGUCUGAGAAGGCGAUGUCUGGACUUUGUCUCGCCUUCUGAACCAUCUUCCCGAUGUAUAUUACCUAGUAUCGGUCUGCACCUAAACGCCAUUGCCAUGUCCUCAAAGGACAGUAAAGCCAGUCUCUUAAACGAGUACUCAUUUCCCGGAAAGAUACACGUAAGUUUGCCGGGCGCUAACACACAUUCCAAAGAAAACGUGCAAGAAACCCGUGAUGAGGAUGCGAGUCAAGAAGUAGAAGAUGUUUCCAAGGCAUCGGUCAGUGAAGAGUUAAACCCGAGUAGCCCUAAGAAGAAGAGGCGUAAGUUUGAUCAAGGCGGAGAGGGGGAAUCCUGUAAGAGAUGCAACUGCAAGAAAUCCAAGUGUUUGAAGCUUUACUGUGAAUGCUUUGCUGCUGGUGUAUAUUGCAUUGAGCCUUGUUCAUGUGUCGAUUGCUUCAACAAACCUAUCCAUGAAGACACCGUCCUUGCAACCCGUAAACAGAUUGAAUCCCGGAACCCGCUCGCCUUUGCUCCUAAAGUUAUUCGAAGCUCUGACCCAAUAUCAGAAGCCGGGGACGAUGCAAGCAAAACUCCGGCUUCUGCACGUCAUAAACGAGGUUGCAAUUGCAAGAAAUCAAGCUGUCUGAAGAAAUACUGCGAAUGUUUUCAGGGUGGAGUCGGGUGUUCGGUGAACUGUAGAUGCGAAGGAUGCAAGAACGCGUUCGGGCGUAAAGACGGGUCUUCCGGCAUUGGCAGCGAAGGCGAGCAAGAAGAGGAGAACGACACAUCUGAGAAAUACGUAACUGCUAAAGCACAACAGAACCCCGAGAUCUUCAAUGAAGAAGAGCAGAACCAGAGUUCUGGUCUCCCUUCAACACCAUUGCCACUGUACAGACAACCUUUGGUUCAACUGCCCUUCCCAUCUAAUAACCAGACAGUUUCCCAGUCUCUUCUUGGAGCUGGAUCUUCCUCCUCGAGGCAGUUCAACAGCUUCGAGACGAUUUCAGAGGACGGAACAGAAGACGAUAUGCCCGAGAUUCUCGUCCGAUCCCCCAUUCCCACCGUCAAAGCCGUCUCUCCCAACAGCAAGAGAGUCUCUCCUCCGAAUCUAGACUCCUCGGGAUCGAUCCUUGGAAGGAGAAACGGUGGUCGGAAGCUGAUUCUGCAGUCUAUUCCUUCGUUUCCUUCUCUCACUCCCCAUCAAUGAACAAGGAUCAGCUGAGAUUAAGCUCUGAAAAUUCUUUGAAUCUUUUGCAAGCUGAGAGGUAUAUUGCCAACU